AGCUUCUUCAUUUCACGAGAUUCGUUUUCGAAGUUCACGUUUUGGUUCAUGGAAGGGAUUUGUUUGGAUCCAAGAAGCCAGAGAUCUCUCUCACCUAUUUAUUUUGGCGAAUUCUCAUCAUAGAUCAUAUAAUUGAUAGACUAUAAUCACAUACACAACAACAAAAACCAUCAUCAAAACUCACAAUGUCUUCACUUAUGGUGUGUUGUUUGCUUCUGAUAUUUGGUUUGUUGUGUGAAGGUAGGGAGGUUCUGGUGGGAGGCAAGUCUAGCACAUGGAAGGUUCCAGAAUCUACAGAUGAAACACUAAACCAUUGGUCAGAGAGAACAAGAUUCAAAAUUGGAGAUACUCUCUUGUGGAAAUACAAUGCGGAGAAUGAUUCAGUGAUGCAAGUGAGGGAAAAAGAUUACGAGAGAUGCGACAGAUCAGAGCCUAUAAGAGGAUACAAAGAUGGUCACACGAAGAUAGAGCUCAAGAGAUCAGGUCCUUUUUAUUUCAUCAGUGGUGAACACGGACAUUGCCAGAGAGGAGAGAAGCUUCGUGUCGUCGUCUUGUCUCCAAAUCACAACAGAACCAAUGCGGCUGCUCCUGCUCCUGCUCAUGCUCAUGCUCCUGCUGAUGGUCAUGCUAAUGCUCAUAUCACAAACAAGGGAAAUAGUUAUCGGCUAAACGGCUCAUGGAGUUUGGUUGCAACGGCUUGUUUGGUUCUUCUUCCAUUAGGCCUUUUUGGUUUUGUUCAACUAUAAAAAAAACGAUCUUGAUGUUGUGUAACAGAGGCGCCAAUUCCAUUCGGUUUCGGUUUGUAUCUGAGUCAUGUUCGGUUUAAUUUUGUCAGAAUGUUUAAUUUUGCUUAAGAUCAGAAAACUAUA